AUGGCGGAAGAAGUCAUCUUGGCGAAAGGUUCCUCUUUUAUGGAGCCUUUUAAAGGCGCCUUGGUGACAUAUUUGAUCCCGGAGUCGUGUUACGACGAGUUUUUCCUCAAUUUCAAUUUUCUAGACGUACCAUGUUUAAAGAUUUUGCUGAGCAAAGGCCUGGGGAUCGGCAUCAUCCUGGGAUCAGUCAUGGUGAAGUUGCCUCAGAUCCUGAAGAUGAUGAAUGCAAAGAGCGGCGAAGGCUUGAGCUUCCAAUCGGUGCUCCUGGAGCUGCUGGCCAUCACCGGAACCAUGGCGUACAGUAUUACCAAUAAGUUCCCCUUCAGCUCUUGGGGCGAGGCGCUCUUCCUCAUGCUGCAGACGGUCACCAUCGGCUUCCUCAUUCAGCACUAUGCAGGGAGAAGCGGCAGAGGUUUCCUUUUCGUGAUCCUAUAUUUUGCUCUGCUGGGUCUGGUGCUUUCUCCAAUCACCCCCAUGUCAGUGGUGACCACCUUGCAAGCCUCCAACAUGCCCGCCAUCAUCGUGGGACGGCUAUUCCAAGCUGCUACUAAUUUCCGCAACGGACACACGGGCCAGUUGUCAGCCAUUUCCGUCUUCCUGCUGUUCGCCGGAUCCCUGGCGCGCAUCUUUACUUCCCUUCAGGAAACGGGCGACACGUUGAUGGCCGCCACGUACGUCAUCUCCUCGGUGUGCAACGGCAUCGUCGCCCUGCAGGUGCUCUACUACUGGAACGCCUCGGCGGAGCGCAAGAAGAAGAAGAAGAGGAAGAAGAGAGAGUAG